AUUUUUUCUUUUUUAAUACUAAAGCUUAGGAGUUACGUUAUGUAUAAGAUGUAUAGAGAUUAUGAACAAAUUUAAAUCCCAAAUUAAAAAGAGAUAAAAAUUUCAUUUGCAAAUUUCAACUCCAUCAUCAUCAUCAUCAUCAUCAUCAUCAUCAUCAUCAUCAUGUGCAAAGAUCAGGUGGAUUCAAUUUCAUUCUUCAGCUCCCUUCCUGAAGACAUCACCUUCAAAAUUGCUUCACUUCUUCAGGAUCGUGAUUUGUGUGCUUUGGGUUCUUGUUCCAAAUUCUGGAGACAACUCUGUUUCUCAGAUUCUAUUUGGCACUCUCUUGUUACUAAUAGAUGGCCCUUACUUCAUUCAUCUCUCUCUCCCUAUGUCAAGACAUGGAGAAGAUUGUACUUCGAGAGGCACAUCGAGUUGGGAAUCAGAGCAGGGUCUGUUGAGAGGUUUAUGAAAGCCUGUUCCCGUAAUGAAUCACUUGAGGUUGGGGACUAUCUGCAAGCCUUUGAAACUAUUAAUGGUGCAAGGUUUGGUUAUGAAGACAUCCAGAGGUUCCUGUUUAAACCUCAAAUGAAUGUGCUGCUUAAUUUGGUUGGCGUGCAUUAUUGCAUAGCAAUCCUUGGAAUUCGGGGUGAUGAUCUUGUAGAUGUCCUUCGGACUUGUCAGAUCUCAAAUCGGCAUGUAUGCGUCAAGUGGUGGAAACUUGGUAGGUGGGUCUAUGGCUACCGCGGAAGGGAUGAGUUACUUUUUCGUUGGGUUUCUUUGGGAGAUUUGGCAACAGAAGAGGAUGGGUCUGUUUUGGGAGUGCUUCGCCGAGGUACUAUUCACGAGGUUUUACGUGUUCAGAUCUCUGCUGUUGGUCAUAAGUCAAUACCUUGGUCCUACCAGGUUACCCAAAGAUUGGAAUAGCCAUAAGGACAUAACUAUAAGUGUUGAUAUCUAUCAGCAUAAACUAUAAGUGUUAAUAUCCAUCAUCAUCAACAAUAAGUGUUAAUAUUUAUCAGCAUUGGUACAGUAUGUGUAUAGUUAUAAUAUGUGUGAAUAAUAUCUCUUUGUAUGUGUAUAGUUAUAGUUUAUAAAAUUCUGCAAUAAUGAUACAUAUGUUGUAUGUCAUGAAAGACAGGGCAGUAAUAAAUUAUAAUGCUUAUUAUCUUCUUAGCAUGGCA